CAAAAUGAAUACAACGUGUAAAUAGUAUUCAUUUGAGAUGGAAUUGACCUGCGUGUUGUUCACCCACGCUUCCUACAUCAAUGCCCGGUAUUCUCUCCUCGACCCGAUGCUUAACGGAUCGUGAAUGUGCGUCUUGUUUUAAUUCGUCCCUGGUGAGUUGUACCGACUUCAGUCACAUGUCUGCAGAACCCGAGUCUGUAGCAGACGGAACUAGCCAGCCAGCUAGCCUUUUUUUAUUUGACAUUUUAGCAAACAGAGUAAUUUGCACGAAUAUUAUUUAUCUAGUCAUUUCUGAUUUUCUUGUCAAAAUGUAAGUUUAUCAAGUGAUCGGGUCAAGACUAGUAAUGGGAUGAUGGAUAUGGAGUUUAGUUGGCUUGCUAGCUAGCUUCGUUAGCAUUUGUGUGUGUUUGUUAACGCUAAUUCAGCUAGCUGGAUAGACGAAGUUCUUCGUGAUUAAUUUUGGGAUUUAACUUGCUUGGAUGUCAUCGCUUCAACGAAAUGACAGGAAUUAUCUUCAAGUCACCAAUACGGAUUAAAUAAACUGUUUGAUCGGUUGGGUGGUGGAGAGAGGAGACAUGAUAUUGUAGUUUUUGUGUCUUGUAACGUUGCUCAACGUGACAGUGUUUUUUUUAUUGUCAUACUGAUUGGCUAAGUAAACAUUAGCAUAUAGCUAGCAGGAAAGCUCCACAAUGCAUGACGCUUACGAACCGGUACCUAUCCUGGAGAAACUGCCUCUCCAGAUUGACUGUUUUGCGGCCUGGGAGGACUGGCUUCUAGUUGGGACCAAACCAGGCCAUCUGCUGCUCUACAGAAUCAAAAAGGAUGCAGGUACCAACAGGUUUGAGGUGACUUUGGAGAAAUCACACAAGAACUUCUCCAAGAAGAUCCAGCAGCUCUUCAUUGUCUCACAGUACAAGAUCCUCAUCAGUCUACUGGAGAACAACAUCCAUGUCCACGACCUAUUGACCUUUCAGCAGAUUACUGUGGUUUCCAAGGCCAAAGGGGCAACGCUCUUCGCCUGUGACCUGCAGCUGUCCCCUUCAGGAGAGGCCCAGCUGAGGAUGUGUGUUGCAGUGAAGAAGAAGCUUCAGCUGUACUACUGGAAGGACAGGGAGUUCUAUGAGCUACAGGGAGACUUUUCUGCUCCAGACAUCCCGAAGUCCAUGGCCUGGUGUCAGAACUCCAUCUGUGUGGGCUUCAAGAGAGACUACUACCUCAUCCGGAUGGAUGGGCGUGGCUCCAUCAAGGAGCUCUUCCCCACGGGGAAGCAGCUGGAGCCCCUGGUGGUUCCCCUGGCUGAUGGGAAGGUGGCGGUGGGCCAGGAUGACCUCACGGUGGUGCUCAACGAGGAGGGGGUCUGCACUCAGAAGUGUGCCCUCAACUGGACUGACAUCCCCAUUGAUAUGGAACAUCAGCCCCCCUACAUCAUAGCUGUCCUACCUCGCUAUGUCGAGAUCAGGACCUUUGAACCCAGACUGCUGGUCCAGAGUGUGGAGCUACAGAGACCACGAUUCAUCACCUCAGCUGGGCCUAAUAUAGUGUACGUUGCCAGCAACCAUUUUGUCUGGCGCCUGGUGCCUGUGUCCAUCGCCAGUCAGAUCAGACAGUUACUACAGGACAAGCAGUUUGAACUGGCCCUGCAACUGGCGAAUAUGAAGGAUGAUGUGGAAGGAGAUAAGAGACAGCAGAUUCACCACAUCCAGAAUCUCUAUGCCUUCAAUCUGUUCUGUCAGAAGAGGUUCGAUGACUCCAUGCAGGUGUUCGCUAAGCUCGGCACAGAUCCCACCCAUGUGAUUGGUCUGUAUCCUGACCUGCUCCCCGCUGACUACCGUAAACAGCUGCACUACCCCAACCCCCUGCCCAGUCUGUCUGGAGCAGAACUGGAGAAGGCUCACCUGGCGCUCAUAGACUACCUGACACAGAAACGCAGCCACCUGGUGAAGCAGCUGAACGACUCCGAGCCGUCCACCCCGUCGCCCCUCAUGGAAGGGACUCCCACCAUCAAGAGCAGGAAGAAACUCUUGCAGAUCAUCGACACCACUCUGCUCAAAUGCUACCUGCAUACCAACGUGGCCCUGGUGUCCCCUCUGUUGCGUCUGGAUAAUAACCACUGUCACAUUGAGGAGAGUGAGUACAUCCUGAAGAAGGCCCACAAGUACAGCGAGCUCAUCAUCCUCUAUGAGAAGAAGGGCCUGCAUCAGAAAGCCCUACAGGUGUUGUUGGACCAGUCCACCAAGGCUAACUCUCCCCUAAAGGGGCAUGAGAGGACUGUGCAGUACCUCCAGAGACUGGGGAUGGAGAAUCUAGGCAUCAUCUUUGAGUUCUCUCCCUGGGUGUUGAAGAUCUGUCCUGAAGACGGACUGAAGAUCUUCACUGAGGACCUGACGGAGGUGGAGACCCUGCCCAGAGACAAGGUCCUGAACUUCCUGAAGGAGGGCUUUAAGGAGCUGGCUAUCCCCUACCUGGAGCACAUCGUACACGUCUGGGAGGAGACGGAGCCAGAGUUCCAUAACGUCCUCAUUCAGCUGUACCUGGAGAGGGUCCAGGGGCUCAUGAAGCAGUACCUCAACUCCCUGCCCGAGGGGGUUCCUGCGGUGGCUGCUGGGAAGGAGGAGGGGGACCUGGGAGAGUUCAGGAGCAAGCUAGUGUGUUUCCUGGAGGUCUCUACCAGCUACGAACCAGGCCGACUCAUCUCUGACUUCCCCUUCGAUGGUCUUCUGGAGGAGCGGGCCCUGCUGCUGGGUCGGAUGGGGAAACACGAACAGGCCCUCUUCAUCUACGUACACGUCCUGAAGGACACACACAUGGCCAAGGAGUACUGUCACCGGCAUUAUGACAAAGACACGGACAGAAACAAAGAUGUGUACCUGUCUCUGCUGCGCAUGUAUUUGUCCCCUCCUGAUGUCCACUGCCUUGGACCAAUCAAAAUGGAGCUGUCGGAGCCACAGACCAAUCUAAAGGCAGCUCUACAUGUCCUGGAGCUGCACCACAGCAAGCUGAAUACCGCUAAGGCCAUCGACCUGCUGCCAGCCAAUACUCAGAUCAGACAGAUCCGUGUGUUCCUGGAGAGUGUUCUGGAGGAGAAGGCCCAGAGGAAACGCUUUGACCAGGUCCUCAAGAGUCUGCUGCAGGCCGAGUUCCUACGGGUCCAGGAGGAGCGUAUCUUCCACCAGCAGGUCAAGUGUACCAUCUCAGAAGAGAAGACCUGCCGGGUCUGUAAGAAGAAGAUAGGCAACAGCGCCUUCGCCAGGUAUCCCAACGGUGUCGUCGUUCAUUACUUCUGCUGUAAGGACCGAGGGGUGUGUCCUAUUGAGCAGUGACACCAAAAUAGUGUCCUCUUGUGGACGACAUGUUCCUUAGCGGCACCCUGACGGAGGGAGCUGGGUUUGUCUGAAACACUUCCACAGCAGCUUGGCUGUUCAGCUGACUCAUCUCUGGAACUCUGGAACUCUGGAACUCUGGAACUCUGGAACUCUGGAACUCUGGAACUCUGGAUCUCUGGAACUCUGGAUCUCUGGAUCUCUGGAACUCUGGAACUCUGGAUCUCUGGAACUCUGGAUCUCUGGAUCUCUGGAACUCUGGAACUCUGGAUCUCUGGAACUCUGGAACUCUGGAUCUCUGGCUGCUUCUGUCUGGAAUUGUGGAAUGCUGUUCCUCUCCCUCCCGAUCUCGCUGUCUCUCUGACUCUCGCUGUCUCUCUCUGACUCUCGCGGUCUCUCUCUGACUCUCGCUGUCUCUGUCUUUCUCUCUGAUUCUGUCUCUCUGACUCUCUCUCUGAUUCUGUCUCUCUGACUCUCUCUCUGUCUCUCUCUGACUCUUGCUGACUCUCUGUCUAUCUAAUAUUCGGAUAAUCUUUAUUAGCAUGAAUGACUAAGCCACUGUUGCUAAAGCGAAGUGAGAUAAUGUAAUCAAAAAUAACAGUAAAAAAAAAUGAAUAUUGAUGGUGAUUAGAUAAAGGAGACUAAUAUAUAUAUUAUACACAAUCGUUCAGAAUUUUGGGGUCACUUAGAAAUAUCCUGGUUUUUGAAAGAAAAGCUCAUUUUUUUUGUCCAUUAAAAAUAACAUCAAAUUAAUCAGAAAUACAGUGUAGACAUUGUUAAUGUUGUAAAUGACUGUUGUAGCUGGAAACGGCUGAUCUUUAAUGGAAUAUCUACGUAGGCAUACAGAGGCCCAUUAUCAGCAACCAUCACUCCUGUGUUCCAAUGGCGCGUUGUGUUAGCUCAUCCAAGGUUAUCAUUUUAAAAGACAAACGCCCUUCACAGAACAGUGUAAACUGGGCCUCUUUCAAUGAAGAUAUUCCAUUAAAACUCAGCCUUGCCUCGUUUCCUCCUCUACUCAUCUCAUCCUCAACACGCUAUAGGCUAUACAUAGAGGAGAGUUAAGCUGAUGGUGUGUGUGUGUGUGUGUGUGUGUGUGUGUGUGUGUACUUAAAAGCAUCCCUUUGCUUUUCACUUUUCAUGUUGUUCUCAGCGACCCGUUUGUUUCUAAGGAAAUGGUUGAAAACCACUCCAGAUUAUAAUGUAACGACUAAACUUCUAAUAUGGUUCGAUGUGCACAAACAAGUUCUUUUGUUGUUCUUUUUUUUAAAUAUCUCAGUUGCCUCAAUAUAAACCCUUCUGUCUUGACAUAGA